CCGCUUCGUCCGCACUCUCUCUCUCUCUCUUAAACCAAACCUGCCUGCAGAUUUCGUUAUUUCUUCCGAUUUCUUGGUUCUUCUCUCCCUACCCAUCUAUCUACACCCAAGGACAUCACCCCAACAACUCGGUCAUUGCCGACACCUACACUAACAGGCUAGGUCGGCCAGCACACGCACACUCAUACGACUAUUACCGCCUGACACUCGUCUUUAUUUUUCCCGCUGACCAUUAAUACCUCAUUGUUUUUGCUACAACACGAAACCGCAUUCCUCUUGCUCCUUCUCUUUAUCACUAGGAGACGCUCGCGAGGCUACGAGACAGUUCGUUCCACGGCAUCUUCCCAUUCAUUGAGCUGACCCACCAGACAAGUGUGGGCGAGAGCUCACUUACAAUCCCCACCUCGCCGUACUUUCGGCUUCCUCACGUUCAUGGAUCUCGAUAUGAGCCGGCGCAAGCACUCGGUUGCAGCCCCUCUGGUCGUCGCCGGUUUCCUGCUGCUGGCGUCCGCACCCACACUGGUUUCCGCCCACCCUUACCCUCUGCAAAAUGUGGCCAACAACCUAUUUUAUGAACUUGGAGACAAGUUCAUGAAGCGCGACUGCGUCCAGCGUUGCGGUGUUGACUCUCAAUACUGCUGUGGCUCUGGCGAACAGUGCUACACAGUCGACAAUAUCGCUGGCUGCAGCACCAUCAACGGUGGUGGGGGCUAUGGCAUCUUCACCACAACCUGGACCGAGACCAAUACCUUCACCAGCACUAUCACAACAGAUUGGCCUGCGACAACAAACGUCGGAGGAGGGGGAGCUGGAGGCACGUGUGUCCCACAGCACGAAGGAGAGACAGCAUGCGGCAGCAUUUGCUGCGCCGUCUAUCAGUACUGUGCCUACGCAGGGCAAUGCGCCCAGCGAGCUGGCUGGGGUGGAGGUAUCACCACCGUUACCUCUGGAGGCGUAACAAUCACUACUCAAUUCUCGGCCCCCUAUCGCAUCACAAGCACGGCAGCCACAGGCACCUUUGCAUCGGCAACCGCGACUGGAACUGGAACCGUUGUGCCCGUGACCAACGAGGGUACUGGCGGAGGUUUGAGCGGCGGCGCAAUCGCGGGUAUUGUUAUCGGCACUCUCGCUGGCCUUGGUCUGCUCAUGCUGCUCUGCUUUUGCUGCAUCGCCCGUGGUCUCUGGGGCCUCAUCUUCGGCGGCAAGAAGAAGAAGGAGCACAGCCGUGAGCGGAUCGAGGUCGUCGAAGAAAGAUACUCACGCCACGGCAGUCGUAUGCCCUCGGCCCACUCCCACCGCCCCUCGCAUGCCGGCUGGUUCGCGGGCGGCAGCCGUCCUGCACCCGCUGCGCGCCGCAAUGAGGAGAAGAAGGAGGGCGCCAAGUGGUUGGGCCUGGGUGCCGCCGCCGCGACGUUGCUGGCGCUGCUGAACGUUAAGAAGGACAAGCCAGCGCGCAAGCCGCGGUCGAGCUACACGGAUUCGUACUACUCGUACACGGGGACAAGUCCCAUUCCAGCUCGGGUGGAAGAACUCACCGAACCGGUCAAACACGCGGUACCCGCACGACACGACACUCACGGAGGUAGCGAAGCAUCCUUCUCUUGGAGGUCUUCCCGGCCUCAAAAUAUUGCAUAGGUAUUCGGCCGCUUUCUUUAUAAGGCCCUGCCGAAGCCCAGAACAUGCUUCGACACGUAUAUAAAUUGGUAUUAUUGUCUUUUCUUGCUGUUCUUUCUAUUGGCGUUAAGGAGA